UUUAUAAGCGAGAGCCGGGACGUCUGACGCCAUUCCUGUAUCGGCUCCCGAAGCUCAUCUAGUCCACCCUUCUCCAACCCUUCAGAUCCUGGUCCACCAGUCAAGAUGUGGCGACUUCUAUUGUUGACUAUUGUCGCGACUGCGUCAGCGCAGAUCCCAUCGCUCGGGUGGUGUCCCGAUUUUCAAGCCAUGGCGAACUUCAACAUGAACCGUUUCCUCGGUACAUGGUAUGAAGCUGAGAGGUAUUUCACCGUCACCGAGCUUGGCACCCGCUGCGUCACCACCCACUACACCGCCACACCUGAAGGAAGAAUCCUGGUCACCAACGAGAUCACCAACUCCUUGACUGGCUUCAAGCGGAUAAUGGAAGGUCACCUGCAGAAGGUCGGCAGAGAAGGCGAGGGUCGCGUCAUGGUGAAGUACUCCUCAGUGCCGUUGCCUUAUGACUUCGAAUACAGCAUCCUGGACACAGAUUAUGACAGCUAUGCUGUUAUGUGGUCAUGCAGCGGUAUUGGACCUGUGCAUACUCAAAACACUUGGUUGCUGACUCGUGACAGACUCCCAUCUCUGGCUGUGAUGCAGAACGCAUAUGCCGUCCUCGACAGGUUCAAGAUCUCUAGGACUUUCUUCCUGAAGACCAACCAGGCUGACUGCACCAUCCUGCCUGAACCAGCAGCAGUGAGCGAGCUUAAGAACGCUGAUGUGCCUGUAGUCGCUGAGGAAGUUGAGAAGGAGAAGGCGGUUGAGCAACCUGUUGAGAAGAGAGUGGACCCCGAAGUGAAGGCAGCUGACCCCGAAGAGAGAUCAGCUGUACCAGCAGAGAUGGCAGCUGAAGAAGCCAACAAGCCGAUGCAGGUCCCAGAACUGAUCAUGUCUGAAUCUGAAAAGAAAGAAGAGAAAAUUGAGAAAAUAGAAGAACCAGCGAUGAUGGCCGAAACAAAAGAGAACAAGGAAGCGCCUGCACAGUAGAAAGAAUUUUGAAAGAACCAACCAGGGCUGUAGGAGAAGGAACUGAUCGUGUCAGUAAUGAUAUUCUUGUAUUUUAUAAACACAAAGGGAAUACAAACGUUAAACUCACUGUCUUAAAUGUGUGUGAUAGUAAUAAUUCACACAAUGACGCAGUAAAUAAUUCUGAUGCGUCUGGCUAAAUAAUACAAGCAAUUUGUGUUUCUAAAACUAUUGCUAUAAGCAAAGAAUCAUUGCUGACAUAGUCAAGUUUGCUAAUACCUUAGACAUCAUUGUCUAAAGUUGUAUUUGAAUUAAACACUUUAUCUGAACAGCCUUGGGGUUCAUUUUAGUGUGAUUAGGAGACAUGAGUGGUGUCAUAGAUAGGGCUACUUUACCAAAUAAGGAAUGAGUACCUACUCGACACGCAGCCGUGCUUGCUCCAUGCAAGCAUCGCUUAGUUUUAACUCGAUAGUCAUUGUAAUAAGCGAAGUCAGCUCUGAAAUAAAUUGAUAAGUCGA